AUGGAAGAUAGUGUGAUAUGGUCCAAUGUCUAUGAUAACACAGUUAUCAACUAUCAGGAUUUGUUGGGUAUACUGGAGAAUCAGAAUAAAUUAGUGUCAGCUUGUGGAAAUCAGAUAUCAGAUGAAGCAUUUGUUCGACGUUUCCUGAUAUUGGGAACUACCGGAAGUACAUGUUACGCUUCCGAAAAAGAAUUAACGAUGCACGCAGCUAAUAAAUUGUGCGAAAUUAUUGAAAAGGGAAGUGGACUAAUUUUACUACGAGAACUGAUUAAAGUUUCAUUGGCCGAUCGAGCUCCAAAGAAGAAUCCAACAUUUUUCGCUCUGGCACUUUGCGCACGUUAUAAGGUGCGCGAUUUGACAAGCAAAAGUAUGGUAUCACCAAGAGUUAACAAAAAUGAGAAAAGUAACAAAAAUGAUUCUACUGAGGUAAAUGCAAAAUACAGACAAUUUGCCCAACCCAUGGACGUCGCAUACCAGAAAGCACUCCAACAACUUGCUUUACGUGCUGUCCCUAAGGUUUGUCGAAUUUCAACACAUCUUUUCAUGUUUCUUAAGUAUUGUAAACUGAUAUCCGGCGAGACAGGAAUGAAAGUGAAUAGUAAAGGUUGGGGGCGAGCUUUACGAGCUACCAUCUCAAACUGGUAA